AUGGAGGUACCAAACAUGUUUGUUGAUACCUGGUACCUCUGUGGGUAUCAAACACCUUUAUUGGCAUCUGGUGCCUCUGGAGGUACCAAACACGUAUAUUGGUGUCCGGUUCCUCUGGAGGGUAAUCAAACUCGCGUUUUCAAUAAUCUAACAAAUAAGGAUAUAGAUUACCCUCAAUUUCCAGAGAAUAACAAAUGA